AUGAAGUUGUACGAGCUAUCCCUUAUUACUGCCUUUUGCUCUGGAGUUUGGUCAGCUGGUGAAGACGAUCUUGUGAAUUUGCCAGGACUUCAAUUCGUGACUAAUUUUAAUACCUACUCUGGCUAUCUGAAUGCGAACGACAAUGGCACCUGGCAAAUGCAUUACAUGUUGACAGAGUCGCGGUCUGAUCCUUCUUCUGACCCCCUUCUUGUCUGGCUGAAUGGCGGACCUGGAUGUUCCUCCUAUGUUGGUCUGUUCGAGGAGCUUGGACCAUUUUAUGUAAAUUAUGACGGACAAUCACUCUACGAAAAUAUUUAUGCAUGGAAUACGAAAGCAAAUGUACUUUUUUUGGAGUCUCCAAUAGGAGUUGGAUUCUCGUACGACACAACACAGGAUAGCUAUUCCGUUGCAAAUGAUGAUCAGACAGCAGGCCAAAAUUACGCCGCUCUGAAAGAUUUCUUCACCCGGGUUCAACCAAAGUAUAAGGACCGCACAUUCUUUCUGGGUGGUGAGUCCUACGCCGGUGUGUACAUUCCUAUGUUGUCCAAACUCGUCGUCAAAGGGAUCAAUGAAGGAGAUUUUCCGAAUGUUGGCUUCCAGGGCGCUGCAAUUGGUAAUGGCUUCAUGCACGUUCGUCACCUAUCCAAUUCCAUCGUACUGUGGAGCGCUUUCCACGGACGCGUACAAAUUGACGACUGGGAACAAAUCAAAGUUGUCUGCAAAACUGGAGUCGAGACCGACGUGGAGAAAUUCGAUUUUACUCAGUUUAUGACCUCACAGAAUGGGAUGGAUUAUGAGGCAGACAACUCUACCGAGUGUGGACGUUUGAUCGCUCCCCUUAUCAGCAGAGACGGUUUCUUCGGCUACGAUUACGAUUCUUACAACUACUACCAGGACUGCUAUCAGGGUUCCUACAACAUACCAACGAAUGUAAAACGGCGCACGUCGACUCUUUCCAGACGGCGGAGAGCAACAUCAGAUGCAUACGUGUUUGAUGGCACUUCCAGUAUAGGAAACAACGCUGCGACAUUGACGAAUCGUAUAUCAACAGACAACCAAUGGGGCUUCCCUUGCUGGGCCGACUACUCACUGUACAGAUAUACAAAUAAUAGGAUGAUUCAGGAUGCUCUGCAUAUACCAGAUGGUUGGAGAAAACAACAAGGAGGGCAAUACAAAUGGCAUGAUUGCAAUGAUGCACUUUACGACCAGUAUUACAUGACGUACAACACAACAAACGAAUUCUUCCAGUACGUUAUCCAAAAUGUAAAGACUCCAAACUUCCGAUUCCUGAUCUACAAUGGAGACGUAGACACGGCUUGCAAUUAUCUAGGAGAUUCAUGGUUCAUAAGAGACCCCGAAGACCGUAUUCCGUGGUUCUUCAGCAGUAAUAAUCAGUUAGCUGGAUUCGCACAGCGUUACUCAGGACAAGGAGCACAAGGGGCAUACAUCUCCAUUGAUGUCCUCACUGUCAAGUUAGCUGGAUUCGCACAGCGUUACUCAGGACAAGGAGCACAAGGGGCAUACAUCUCCAUUGAUGUCCUCACUGUUAAGGGUGCUGGACAUAUGGUCCCCAACGACAGACCAGGUCCAUCAGUACAAAUGAUAACAAACUUUAUGUUCUCUGGUCCAAAUGGUGUCAACUACACUUCCACAGCUCACACAAAUCCUCAACCUGAUGUGAAAAUACGCCAUUAUUUCAACAGUUGA